AUGGAGGAGUUGGAUGAGCUACGCAAUGAGGCGUAUGAAAGUGCAAGGAUUUACAAGGACAAAGUGAAGCGGUUGCACGAUCGUCGCAUUUCUCACAAGAAGCACUGUCCCAGAAUGAAGGUGCUAUUGUUCAAUUCUAGACUAAAGUUGUUUCCGGGCAAGCUGAAAUCUAGAUGGAGUGGUUCAAUUUUACUAAAGGAGGUGUUUGAGCAUGGUGCUAUAGAGGUGUUUAAUGAGAAUACGAAGGAGAGUUUAAGAGUGAACGGCCAUAGAGUGAAGUCGUACUAUGAGCACCAGAGCCCGCCGAUGGUGGUGGAGUCUCAAGCUCUGCACGAUCCUCAUUGA